CAAAAGCUGAAGUUUGCGUUGCGUGUCUUUUGUUUUCGUAUAAAUGACUGUCUCUCGCCUCUGUAAGCAUCAGUUCAUCGUUUAGUUUGCAUUAAAGACUCAUCAUAACAGUAUUUUCAGUAAAGCCACAUUCGAGGAAAAUACAAAAUGAGGAUAUCUGUUUGUAUGCUCGCCAUUUUAAUUGGAUCAAGCUCGGCGGGUUUUCUCGGUGGUAGUUCCGGUGGUGGAGGUGCUUAUGGUGGUGGACCCGGUGGACACGGCGUUCAUGGUGGUCACGGUGGMUAUGGUGGUUCAGGGGRUAGCGGAGAGAUAAAAAUUAUUCAAAUCAUUCAUGAAGAAGCCGCUGGAUACGGUGGAAGCUACGGGAGUCACGGCGGUCAAGGGGGCCAUGGGCAUCACGGUGGUUUUGCUGGCCACGGGAUAGGUGGAGAAGAGGUCAAAACCAUAAAAGUUAUCCAUGAACAGGGGRGAGCAGUUGGAGGACAUCAUGGUGGUAACGGUGGUCAUGGUCAUGGACAUGGUGGGGGCCAUGGUGGCAGCUUUGGAACCAUCAAAGUUAUACACCAACAAGCUGGUGGYAAUGGAUUCUCAAAUGGUUAUGCUGKCAAUGGAGGCUACAGCAAUGGCAAUAGCGGACAKGGUUCCCAUACUGGUGGUCAUGAUGCUGGACUGGAUGAGGGGGCACCAGGUGGUGGUGUGGUAAAAACAAUUAAAGUUAUUCAUGAACAGGGACAUUCAGRUGGCCAUGGAGUUGGCGGAGCUAUUGGCGGGGGUCACGAUGAAGUGAAGACCAUUAAAGUCAUUCAUGAGCAAAGUGGAGCAGUGAGCGGUGGUUCCGAUGGGGGUUAUAAUUAUGGAAGUGCAGCUGGAGGUGCUGUUGGUGGCGGCGAGAUCAAAACUAUCAAAGUCAUUCAUGAGCRAGCCGGGGGUGUAGGUGGUGGUGCUUUUGGUGGAAGCGCAAACGGUGGUGCUGAAGUGAAAACCAUCAAAGUAAUUCAUGAGCAAGCCGGUAUCGGAGGUCAUUCCAGUGGUGCACACGUAGGCGGAGGCAGCUUUGGGGGUGAUCAUGCUGGAUCUAAUGUCGGUGGAAACGAUUCAUUUGAAACGAUAAAGUCACUCAAAUUAAUUGGUGAAUUAGAUGGURGUUAUGGCGGUUCAGGGGGAAAUGCGAAUGGUGGAGGCCAUUUCAGCAGUGGAGCAUCCGCARGUGGCAAUAACGGCGGUGCCUCCGGCGCUGGAUACCUACCCCCAGUUAAUGAAUACGUGCCUCCAUCAAAUCAGUAUGGACCUCCACCAAGUCAGUAUGGGUCUCCAUCCAACCAAUAUGGGYCCCCUUCCAACGAGUACGUGCCGCCAUCGAACGGAUACGUACCUCCCUCAAAUCAGUACCUGCCACCAAGAUUGUAGCAGUUCUAUUAAUGUCUUAGGUUUAACUAUUUACUUACUAAGUUAUCUAGUUUAUAAGCGUUGUACUAAGCGUUGCAUAUGCCAAUUGUUUGUAUAUAUUUCUUUUCCUAUCGGAAAGUAAAUUAAAGAGUUAAUAUGUAUAAACACAAA